AUGAGGAUACCCUUCAUUUCCUCAUCGUCCAACGCGUUCACCUUUUAUGGGGCGAACACCGAGACCCCUGCCCUGGAGGCAAAGGCGGCGGAUAAAGGGCUUGUGCGCCACGUGCGCUCAGUCGGGCUCCGCGGUAGUUCGACUUGCCUGGGCGCUUCCCCCUUCUCAGCCUUUCUAACGGUGAGGCCUCCACCCAUGGAAGAAGAGCAGACGUACCUGGAGCUCUACCUGGAUCAGUGCGUCGCGCAGGAUGACCUCGCUCCGUCCAGGUCACUGCUGCUCAGUCCAGUUGUACCUGAUGAUGCAUACAUGCCUAAUCCAUCCCAUCCAGAGACUGUGUUUAAUUCACAUCUUGAAGAAGUCAAAGAAACAUCUGGCAAUUUCUCAUCUGUGGAUCUUAGCUUCCUGCCAGAUGAACUUACCCAAGAAAAUAAAGACCAGAGUAUCAUUAGAAGCAAGCACGAAAUUGAAGAAAAUUAUAAAACUCAAAGUCAGCAAAGUAGGUUGUCAUUAUCCAGAGAGCAGGACAUUGGUCUGGGCUUAAUAAGCAACAGCAGUUUGUCGAAUUCCCAUUCACAUCUGUACCCUGGUGAUGCUGACUCAGUCCAGCCCUCUCUUGAGAAACCAAACUCCAUGCCUCUGGUGUCCAUAACUCCCAUGACACCAAUGACCCCUGUUUCAGAAUGUUCUGGAAUUGUGCCUCAACUACAGAAUAUAGUUUCCACUGUAAACCUGGCCUGUAAAUUGGAUCUGAAGAAAAUAGCUUUGCAUGCAAAAAAUGCAGAAUAUAACCCAAAGAGGUUUGCUGCUGUCAUAAUGAGGAUCCGAGAGCCCAGAACAACAGCCCUUAUAUUUAGCUCUGGGAAAAUGGUCUGCACGGGAGCCAAAAGUGAAGAGCAGUCUCGACUUGCAGCGAGGAAGUAUGCUCGUGUGGUGCAGAAGCUGGGGUUCCCAGCCAGAUUCCUCGAUUUUAAAAUUCAGAACAUGGUUGGAAGCUGUGAUGUGAGAUUUGCCAUCAGGCUGGAAGGUUUGGUGCUAACCCAUCAGCAGUUCAGUAGUUAUGAACCUGAACUGUUUCCUGGCCUUAUUUACAGAAUGGUAAAACCACGGAUUGUGUUGCUUAUCUUCGUAUCUGGGAAAGUUGUGUUGACAGGUGCCAAAGAACGUUCUGAGAUCUAUGAAGCAUUUGAAAACAUCUAUCCUAUUCUAAAGGGUUUUAAAAAAGCCUGA